AUGGAAGAGCCCCCAGCAAACCUUCCUGCCUUCCAGGUUGGGCUUGGUGCCUGUCUCCGCAGCGUGUCUGCACCGCCCCGACUCGGAAUGAAUGAGAGGAAGAAUUAUCCGAAGGACAUUGCGGGGUUCCACGGUGGUGACAAAACCACAAAGCCUGCUUGCAAAGCACGCCCAGCCAACAGGGCUGGUGACCCUUUCGUCACUCCUACGGACAAUCCCCACCCAAAUCGUCAGCGAAGGGUUCCAACUUUAUUUGGCAAGGGAGAGAAAACGAACGAGGCCCGAAUUCGGAUCCUCGAGGCCCACGUACUGGCCCUUAUAGAGGAGAACCAGACCCUACAGCGGCGCCUUUCUAUACAGGAGGAGGUAACAAAUACCUGUGGCUCUUCUCCAGUUACUUGUGGCCGAACCAGUACCUCCGAUGAGGCUAUUAAGAGAUCGAUUCUGGCGUACGUAAACAACCGUAUUGAUCGUCUACAAAACAGGAUCUUUGUACGGAUGGAGCGCCGAGACGGUCUUGUCUAUGCUCAGAUCAGCCAACUGGCGUUUCACGUCGCCGUUAUCGGACAGGGGCUGAAUAACCUUGCGCGAUAUGUCGCCAACUUCGCCCGCAGCGUCGUGCAUUCAAUUGCACAGACGGCGUAA